AUGGCCUUUUCGAGGUUGGGCCAUGGAUUUGAUUGGAGAAAUCCAGCCGAAUUCUCUUCGGCUGGUCAUAAGUUUUUAAUAGUGGCCGUUGACUACUUUACUAAGUGGGUGGAAGUAAAACCUGCUCGAUUGGUCACUCAGAAAGAAAUCAUCGAUUUUGUUGAAGAUCAUAUAAUUCAUCGCUUUAGAAUUUUCGAGACAAUUACAAUCGAUCAAGGGACAAUGUUCACGGGUGGACAGUUCGUUCGGUUCAUCGAAUCUCGGAAGAUAAGGUUACUCCAUUCGUCUCCUUAUUAUGCUCAAGUAAAUGGACAAGCUGAAGCAGCAAAUAAGGUGAUUAUAAAUCUUAUGAAGCGGCAUAUUGGAAAAUAUCCAAGAAAAUGGAAUGAAAAACUAUCUGAAGUGUUAUGGGCAUGCCGGACUUCGGUGAAAAUGGCAACUGGGAUGACGCCAUUCCAAUUAGUAUACGGCCAUGAGGCCGUUGUUCCAGCCGAAAUAACAGUGCCUUCGUUAAGAUUAGAAAAUCAAAGAAAGCUGUCGGCUGAUGAAUACAGUGAGUUAAUGAAAGAUGAAAUGGACAAAUUACAUGAAACUCGGUUGACGGCGUUAAAUCAUUUGCAAGCUUAUCAAAACCGAUUUCAGCAGCUUUUCUUCAGCGUUUCAUCAAGGGAUGCACUUUGUAAAGCCGAGAAAGUUCUUCCUUCAGUCUUAUACCUUCUUCUUUUCUGGACUUCAAGUGAUCUUGUAAUUGAAGUCGACGCUCAGAAAUAUGAGCUACAGUCAAUUUAA